AAAAUCUAAACUAAGUAUUUUACUGAGAUUAGUUACUAUUUUUCACUGCUGAAAUAACAGCGCUGAAGUGGUCUAAGUGAAUUUCAACACGCUGGAGUUGUUUUAAGACUAAACUUAAUCUUUAUCAAUUUUUUUUUUUCAAGCUUGGUAUACAUGUUCGUGGGCUUAAAUCUUAAAGAAUAAUAUCUCUGAUUUUAUUACAGCUGCAUUAACCUUUUAAACAGUUUUUACAAACUUUUUUUCCCGUCAGUGGUGGCUACUUCAGGAAGGGUUUCCUUCCACAGAAGGUUCGACUAAUUGGUGUUCUUAAAUGGCCCAUAGUGAAUAAGCGUCUGUGUGUGUGUGAGACCGGUGAUGUUUUGGCACCUAAUUCAGGGUGUAUCUCCUGGGAUAGGCUCCAGGCUCUGAAGUAGUGCUAACUGAAUCAGAUUCAAUUCUAAUGAAUAGACUUUAAUGAUUCACUCUGCAUUCACUCGAUUCCUCAAGGACCGCGCUUUACUCUAAAAUCGUCGAAUCAAAGAACCGACUCUUUUAUCCCUGAAUCGACUCCGGUUCCAGAGAGAGAGAGAGAAAGCACAUUGCGUACUUUUUAUUUACCAGACUGAAGAUUAGAAAUACAGCUGUAUUGGAUGAAAUUGAGAAAAAGUGAUGUAGCUAUGGUGGUUUGGAGAAGGUUAGACUUCGUCGCUGAGAAUUUACUGGAACGUAUAAUGGCAGGUCACAUGCUCGCUCGGGAAUAAUAAUAAUGGCUGCACAGGAACCGUCCCCUCCGUCUUCUCUGGAAGGCAACAAGCCGGGCUUCCCGAGGAAAAUCCUGGCCAACAAGCUGGAAGAAAAGCAUCUGUGCAACAUCUGUCAGAAGAUCCUGCGGAGGCCGUUCCAGGCGCAGUGCGGACACCGCUUCUGUUCCUACUGCUUCAACAAAACAGUGAGUUCUGGUCCCCAGAAAUGCAGUGCCUGUAUUAAAGAAGAUAUCUUUGAGGAGCCAACGUCAAUCCUGAAACAGGGCUGUGCUUUUCCCGACAAUGCUGCUAAACGAGAAGUUGAAGCCCUUGAAGCUGUGUGUAUUAACGAAGGAUGUAACUGGACAGGCACCAUCAAAGAAUAUGAGGCUACCCAUGAGGGACAGUGUGAUUUUAUGAUCAUCCCAUGCCCAUCCUGCAAAGAGCUCUUGAGAGCCAACGAACUUGAACGCCACAAUGAACGGGAAUGCCCUGAGAGAACUUUGAACUGCAAAUACUGCAAAGAACCUUUUCAUUUUAAAAACAUUAAGGCCCAUGAUGAGAUUUGUCCAAAAUACCCAAUGAUUUGUGAAGGAUGUGCGAAGAAGAAAAUUCCCAGAGAGAAGUAUGUGGAUCACAUUAAGCUGUGUACAAAAUUCCGCACCCCAUGCAGAUUUCACGUCGUUGGCUGCGACAUGUCUGUGGAAAAGGAGAAGAUCCACGAGCACGAGCGGGCCUGCUCAUACGAGCACCUAAAUCUGCUGCUGCACUUUAUCAUGGGCAUCAAGGUGAGCGUUGAGAGCCUGCAGCCGCAGGGCCUGGAGAUGGCCAGCCACAAGCUGGAGGAGCUGCAGCAGUCUCUGUGUGAGCUGGAAGUUAAGCUGGGCCAGCUGAGCGCUGGGGCUCCCGUGCAGGGGCCCUGCGUGCCGUGCGCGCCCGCACCUAAUCAUCCACCUCCUGCACCGCCUGCGCCCACCCUGGCCACCUCAUUCACCCCGCUGCCCAGUGCUGUCGGCGCCGCCCUCGAGCUGCAACUACACAGCGAGAAGACCAAAGUGGCGGAGCUGAGCCGUCGCUGCCAGGAGCUCGAGCUGAAGGCCAGUACCUUCGAGAACAUUGUGUGUGUGCUGAAUCGCGAGAUGGAGCGCUCGGCCACCACUAUGGAGGCUUACAACCGACAGCACCGGCUCGACCAGGACAAGAUCGAGAUCCUCAAUAACAAGGUUCGUCAGCUGGAGAGGACAGUGGGGCUGAGGGAUCUCUCCAUCGUGGAGAUGGAGAGCAAGAUGAGAGAAAUGUCGGCUGCCACUUAUGAUGGUGUUUUUGUGUGGAAGAUUUCAGACUUCGCCAAGAAGAGGCAAGACGCUGUAGCUGGACGGGCCCCUGCCAUGUUCUCACCUGCAUUUUAUACAAGCAAAUAUGGCUAUAAGAUGUGUUUGCGCAUCUACCUGAACGGGGACGGGACAGGGCGCGGCACUCACUUGUCUCUGUUCUUCGUGGUGAUGAGGGGACACAGUGAUGCCUUGCUCAAGUGGCCUUUUAAUCAAAAGGUCACCCUAAUGCUGCUGGACCAGAAUAACAGAGAGCACAUCAUCGACGCAUUCAGACCCGACAUCUCAUCCUCGUCAUUCCAGAGACCUGUCAGCGACAUGAACAUCGCCAGCGGCUGCCCCCUCUUCUGCCCGCUCUCCAAACUUGACUCGAAGAACUCCUACAUCCGCGACGACACCAUCUUCAUCAAGGCCAUUGUUGACCUCACUGGCCUUUAGGCUGUAUGGCAGCUCUUUGCACUCCUCCAGCCUGCUGCGGUCAAUCUUCAGCGCCGUGCCGAGGCCUGAGACCUUUAGCAGAUCUCUAACGGGGCGCCUACGCACCCUUGAAUGACUCCCAUUUCUAGGGCAGUGUUACUUUACAUCGCUCUACAUUAAUGUUGCCAACCCAAAUUGUGCCUGGAGUUUGUGCAGUUUUGCUGUAAUAUAGUUGGAAAGUUCUCUUCUCCUUUCCCAUAGCGGGAAUAGCUGUCAGCAGUGAUUGUAAUGUAACUAUCGGUGCCUGUCGUGGCACUUCUGCCUUUUCUAGAGAUUGAGAGAGGACUUUUACUCACAGGUUAGGAGUCAUUUCACCUUCAGGAGCUUUGCCUGUGCUGUGGCCAGUGUUUGGGGCUUGGCUUUUACAUUUCGGUGUUUGAACUAAUUGCGUGGGGUUUUUCUUUUCUUUGUUUUUUUUUUUUUUUUUUUUUGCAUAGACAGACGUGGAGUUUCAAUAACAAUGAAUAAUGCUAAAGAAUUCUUUUGCUCCUAUAUAGUUCCUUACUCUCGCUUAAUCUACUAUCUAACCACUCUGCGUGUACACAUCUUCUCUCAUCUCUCCUAUGUACGUAGUGGUGAACAUUGCUUGGAUUCCACGAAGUUCGAAAGUGCAAAAUUUGAGAUUCUUUCGGCCCUGCUUGUGUUUGAGGAACCACAAAGAGCGUCGCUACACCUAUACAGUGCAUGACUCUUCCAUCCUAAGGGCUUACAGCAUACAGUACGUCUUCCAUAUGAGGUUUCCGCUCUGAUCUCUGAUCUUUUUCCUAGAUGGAGUCUGAGAUGCUUUUUAUUUAUUUAUUUUUAUUCAUUUAUGAUUUUUCUUUUUUGAAAAAACAACAACAAAAAAACUAAAAAAAAAUGAUGCCUUCAUGCCACCGAAGCACCUAGACCCAGCCUAUUUUCAAACCAGUUCCGACAGACAUUGAAACCUCUCUGUGCAUGAGACGUUUCAAUAAAGAAAAAAAAAAGAAAAGACAAACACACAUAUUGUAAAGUAUUGGUUUACUCUGUAGACCAAGAUUUUAUUUGUAUUGCUUUUACUUUAUUAUCUGUUGAAAUGCGGUAUACGACGGUUAUAAAUGUGAAUGUGUUAUAUUGCUUAUUUAAGUAUAAAUAGAUAUACUAUUAUACGGUGCACACAGUUGUCCGAGUGUACGCUGUGCAUAUAACGAAUAUUAACUAUAUAUCUACUAUAGAUUCUAUUAAGUAAUAAUAUAUGUACUAUUUCCUGUUGGGAUGGUUUAAAAAUGUGUUCGGGCGCUUUUUUCAUUUUUUUUUUUAAAACACAUUUCUUUUUUUCUUUUUUUGGGCUUAAGCAAGUUCUCCACUUUUGUGUCAUCUUAUGAGGAAACUAGUCUUUUUCAAAAUUGUUUUAUUUAUUUUUUUAAAGUCACUGCAGUAUUAAUUUAGUAGUUGAGGUUUUCUCCAGCUUGCUCAUUUCGGCCCAGUGACAUUUCAGACAUUUCAGCGCUAUUUUUUUUUUUUUAAAGAAAUUUGUAAAUAGUUGACGUGCCUCUGUAGUAUAGGUCAUAUGAUGCAUCCUGUCUCUACAUGCUUAAGCAACCAGUGCAUGCUGCAGAUGUGCUGUAUUGUGCGUCAUAUCUUUAAAGCUUUCAGUUAUUUACACGAAUAGCAUAUAUUACACUUAAAACACUUUGCCUUUACAACUGACAAUACUAUUAUUUGUUUGCAAUGCAUACAUUACAGUUUAGCUUGUGCAAUUAUACAAGUGACCUUCCUAUUGUUUGAGUGAAAUCUAGCGUGUUCAUCCGGAUGAUGGGUUGAAUUUUAUUUUUCAGUCCGACAGCUACUAGGCCUUGCUAGACACUACAUUUGCUACAUUUGCAGGAAUUCGCCUGCAGCCGUUUAAAUGUAAAUUAACUUCUGAUCAUAUGCUAUACUGAAGUGAUAGUAUUUUCUUAUGUUUUUACAUUUGAAUCAAAGCUCUAAAGUUGUUUCUUAGAUUACUUAUCUACAACUUGUAAUUUGUGUACAUUUAAUAACUUGUGUUAUAAUCCUUGUAAGACAUCGGUCUUGCAGUGCCAUACCCUUUCUAAUGCAGUUUCCUUUUGAAAAAAAAAAAAGAAAAAGUGUGAAGGCCUGCGCCUAGCAGUGACGUGUAAGGGUACCGUGAUUCUUUUCUCUCUUUAUUAUGGUUUAACCCCCUGACAUCUUCAAUAAAUGCUUAUCUGACCUCACCGUGA